GCUGGUUGUCACGGCACCAUCCGGGACGCGCACCUGCUCUGUACCCACGCGUAAGUGCAACGCAACGCAGCUAACCCCUGCAGGGACGCAUGGCGGCGGUGCCGGAGGUGGCGCUGCGGUCCGGCAACGCGAGGCCGAUGCCGGCGGUGGGCAUGGGCACGGCGGCGUUCCCCGUCGUGCACGAGGCCACCAAGAACGCUGUGCUGGCGGCCAUCGAGGUGGGCUUCCGCCACUUCGACACCGCCGCCUUGUACCGCACCGAGAGGCCGCUCAGCGACGCCGUGGCCGAGGCGGUGCGGUGUGGGCUCGUCCAGUCCCGGGAGGAGGUGUUCGUCACGUCCAAGCUGUGGUGCACGCAGUGCCAUCCGGACCUCGUGCUCCCGUCGCUCCGUGAAACCCUACAGAACCUGCAGAUGGAGUACGUUGACCUGUACCUGAUCCACUGGCCGGUGUGCAUGAAGCCCGGGCCGGCAGUGUUCCCGGCCAAGAGGGAGGACGCCAUGCCAUUCGACUUCGAGGGCGUGUGGCGGGCGAUGGAGGAGUGCCAGCGGCUCGGGCUCGCCAAGGCGAUCGGCGUCAGCAACUUCACGACCAAGCACCUCGACAAGGUCCUGGCCGUCGCCACGAUCCCGCCUGCGGUGAACCAGGUUGAGCUGAACCCGGUCUGGCAGCAGAGGACGCUGAGGGGUUACUGCGCCGAGAAGGGCAUCCACGUCGCGGCGUACUCGCCGCUGGGCGGCCAGAACUGGUCCGGGGAAGGCAACGCCGUGCUGGAGUCCGAGGUGCUCGCCGAGAUAGCCAAGGCAAGAGGGAAAACUGUCGCACAGGUGUCACUGCGAUGGAUAUACGAGCAGGGAGUGACGUCCAUCGUCAAGAGCUACAACAAGGAGAGGCUCAAGCAAAACCUCGAGAUCUUCGACUGGGAGCUGACCGACGAGGACCGGCGCAAGAUCAGCCAGAUCCCACAGAAGAAGACCGUCGAAGGUAAAGGCUUGUUCGUGCCAGAGGGCGAGUUCACGUCGGUCGAUCCUGCCGACCUGGACAUCGUGGAGGAAUAGGCACCCAGAAUGCCCCUGCCUGCCUCGGCGUUGCUCGCUGUACAAGUACGUGCGUUUGAAUAAGGCGGCGUUCACCGCUCAUUGCUCUUGCUGUGUGAUGUACCAUUUCAGUAAAGAUUGUAAUCGCCAUCUCAAGACCUUGUUUUGGAAGUGUAAUGUGAUCUUAUCAUAACUCCGUAUGGAAUGCUAGUUUCUUCAAA